GCCGAGCGCCAGCGAGCGGAGAGAGGGGGCCAGGCGGGCCAGGGAAGGGGUUUGACGGCCUCUUCCCCCGCAGGGCGGUGAGGGCAGGCGGGUGGCUGGCGGAGGGCAGGGCAGCCGGGAGGAGGCAGGGCUGAGAUGAGCGGCUGGCAGGACUGAGCCGGAGGCGGCGGCCGAGCCGUGCGUGUGGCCGAGCCGGCCGGUCCCGUCGCUGUGGCUGCUGGUGGCGGGUGCUGCGGGCUGGCUGCCCCCUUACGCCCCUUCGAGGCCCGGGGGGAGGAGGAGGAGGAGGAAGGAGGGGGAGGAGGAAGCGGCGGCAGCAGGAGCAGGGAGGCGGCGGCGAGGGAGCCUGGUGGAGUCGGAGCCGGGCCCGCAGCGACGGCGGCUCCUUCUCGGUGGGAAAAAUCUGUGCAUGCAAGAGUGUCCCAAUGAGUUCCUAAAUGCUUCAUUCUUUGCACAUCUGUAUGUAUGUCUGUACAGUUCUUUACUAACAGCCCUCAAUAUAAGGCCUACCUACUUCUCAGAGGAAAUGGCUCUUGAAGUUAAAUGAGGCUGGAUAAAAUAUAUACAUGAAGCAGAGGCUGCUCUACAUGUGUUAAGGCUAAAAUACAAGAAGAGUUUUUGAUCAGCCAGACUUGGUAACUUGUCAUAAUGAAGAAAAUUAGUCUCAAAACAAUUCGCAAGUCCUUUAACUUAAAUAAAAGCAAAGAAGAAAGUGACUUUGUAGUGGUUCAGCAGCCAUCAUUAAGUGAAUUUGGAAAAGAUGACUCCUUGUUUGGCAGCUGCUAUGGUAAAGAUUUGGCUAGCUGUGAAGUUAACAGUGAAGAUGAAAAAGGUGGCAAAAAUAGAUCAAAAAGUGAAAGCUUAAUGGGUACUUUAAAAAGAAGGCUUUCAGCAAAACAAAAGCAGAAAGGGAAAGGCAGCACGCCAUCUGUAAGCUCUGCUGAUGACGAUACCUUUUCUUCCUCAUCUGCUCCAAUAACCUUUAAAGAUGUGAGAGCUCAAAGACCUCUAAGAUCCACAUCCCUCCGUAACCAUCAUUACAGUCCAACACCAUGGCCUCUUCGAUCGACAAACUCAGAAGAGACUUGUAUCAAAAUGGAAGUGAAAGUCAAGGCCUUGGUCCACUCCUCUAACCCAAGCCCAGCACUGAAUGGUGUUCGAAAGGACUUCCAUGACUUGCAGUCAGAUAGUGUGUUUCAAGAACAAAACAAUACAUUAAAAAGUACAGAAUCCCAGAAUGGGGACCUACAUCUUCAUAUUGAUGAACACGUGCCUGUAGUUAUUGGACUAAUGCCUCAGGACUACAUUCAGUAUACUGUGCCUUUAGAUGAGGGAAUGUAUCCUUUGGAAGGAUCACGUAGUUACUGUCUGGAUAGUUCCUCACCCAUGGAAGUUUCAACUGUUUCUUCUCAAGUGGGCGGAAAUGCUUUUCAUGAAGAUGAGGGUCAGGUGGAUCAAGAUGUAGUUGUUGCUCCAGAUAUCUUUGUGGACCAGGCAGUGAAUGGUUUGUUGAUUGGUACCACAGGAGUCAUGUUGCAAAGCCCAAGAGUUAAUCACAGUGAUGUCCCUCCACUUUCACCAUUGCUACCUCCAAUGCAGAAUAAUCAAAUCCAAAGGAACUUCAAUGGACUGAAUGGCACAGAUGCCCAUGUGGCUGAAAGUAUGCGCUGCCAUUUGAAUUUUGACCCUAACUCUGCCCCAGGAGUUGGAAGAGUCUAUGACUCUGUACAAAAUAGUGGUCCUAUGGUUGUGACGAGCCUCACAGAGGAACUGAAAAAACUUGCAAAACAAGGAUGGUACUGGGGCCCUAUCACACGUUGGGAGGCAGAGGGAAAACUGGCGAAUGUGCCCGAUGGUUCAUUUCUUGUUCGAGAUAGCUCUGAUGACCGUUAUCUUUUAAGCCUGAGUUUUCGCUCCCAUGGUAAAACUCUUCAUACUAGAAUUGAACAUUCAAACGGUAGGUUUAGCUUUUAUGAACAACCAGAUGUGGAGGGCCAUACUUCUAUUGUUGAUCUAAUUGAACAUUCAAUCAGGGACUCUGAAAAUGGAGCUUUUUGCUAUUCAAGGUCUCGAUUGCCUGGAUCUGCUACUUACCCAGUGAGAUUGACAAACCCAGUAUCUCGGUUUAUGCAGGUGCGUUCCUUACAGUACCUGUGUCGUUUUGUUAUACGUCAGUAUACCAGAAUAGACCUGAUCCAGAAACUGCCUUUGCCAAACAAAAUGAAGGAUUAUUUACAAGAAAAGCACUACUGAAAGCUUAUGGGAAUCUUGCAUCUUGCACUUUGGGAACAAAAAAAAGAUUGAAAUACAGUUUACAAAUUUUCAUUGCUAUCAAAAUCUUUUGCUGCCAUAACAAUGUUUCAUUUUUGUGUGUAAAGAAGGGUAAUGCAUCUUUUUUGUUUGUUUAUGUUUGGUGUUUUUUGUUUGUUUGAGGGGGCUUUCUUUUUUUUUAAAAAAAGAAUGAUCUCAAGGUUUUUAGAAGUGUGAAAUAUCUAUCUUUCAUCAAUGUGCAGAAAAUAAUCUCAAUGUGAAUGAUCAGAUUCUCCUUAAUUUCCCCAAGUUCUUUGCUGCUAUCCACUGUGAUUUUUAUGCAUUCAGAGUGCAUUUCAUGUGUAUUCAACAAUAAGUAAAAGUGAAAUGAAACUUGUAGAAUGGAAUUUUUGUCUUCUUAAAAUGGCCUAUUUUAUAAAGAUAAUUGUGGACAAAACAUACAGGUAGAUAAAUUACAGAAUGUAGUGAAAAUGAUUUCCCAGCAUCCUAAAUGAACAUCUCCAUAGAACUGCCCUAAUUUCAAACUUAUUAAUUGAUGUAGCUGUGUGAUGGAAUAUAGUUAUGCAGCAUAUCUUUGGAAACCUCCUUUCUCCUAAAUGAUUUCAUAGUUUGUACACGCUAUUUUGCCUUUGAGAAAUUGGGUUGAAUUUUCUUUUUAUUGGAAUUUCCUUAUAAUUUUUUCUUCUCCUUUUAAAAACAGCCUUUAAAAACAGUUUUGAAAAACAGAGCAUCAAUAUGGAAAUUGUAGUAUUUAAGAUAAGUGCUAAACAUGGAUUACUAAUGGCACUGUUGAAAAAAAAAUCUACAAAUCUCCCUAAUUGUAGGAACUAUCAAUUAAAGUGAUAAUGUGACGAGACCUCUUAAAGCCAAUUUCUACACUACAGUUGGUUUUGGUUUGCCCCCCCCCUUCUCUUUUCUCUCUUGCAUUUUGAUAGCUAGCUAGGAUUUGAUUCUGGGAUUUUUGGGGGGAGUGGGGGAGGUCUUAAACAAAUUAUCCCCAAGGCUGCAUUUUUUUUAACCUUUGUAUAUUUGAAAUUAGAAGGAGAAGGGGUUUUGGUUUAAUACAGUGGCCACAGAAAAAUGCUUUGUUACUAACAGUCCCAGGCGCUGUCAUGAAAAUUGACUGAUUUGACAUAAAGGUAUCAUAUCUAUUUAGUAAAUAUUUCUAACAUCUGACAAGGAUAGUGGCAUUUGAAAAGUCUAAGGGGAGCCUGACUUUCUAAAAGAGAUUUCUGAAUUGGGAGACUGGGCCCUAGAUUGCAAAGUUUUCUUUGUGCAAUAUUCAUCAUAUUGGUGUUUCCCUUUAUAGCUAUAUUACAUUUGUGUUUUCAAUUUUAAAAGUGACCAUGACUAACUUUGUUUUUUUGUUUUGUUUUUAAAUCAAUGUUAUAUUUUUAGCAUGUCACCUUCUCCAUCAGCAGUUGGCAGGAGUUUCUAUUUAGUAAAGACCAACAUAGGAAAAGGCUGGGAUAAAUCCUUUUUGGAUCAUUUUCUUCUGCUUAUUCUAUCUAGCUUUUUUGCCUGUGAAAUGAGUUUGUAGCAUUGGAUACACUAUUGCCGCCAAGUGCUAUAGUAGCACUUACAUCUUGGGUUGCCUGAAUUGAUAUGCUAAAUUUAUAUA